AUGACGGUCGCAGAGUAUGCUGCAAAGUUUGAGGAACUGACCAGGUAUGCCCCAGGACAGGUGGAGAAUGAAAGAGAACGAGCUGAAAAGUUUGAAAGUGGACUUAGAGCCCGAAUCAGACAACAGAUGUCUACCUUCGAGCUUUCUUCCUACAAGGAUGUGGUUAACAAGGCUUUGGUAGUUGAAAGGGGCUUGAAUGACACUCAAGAAGAGAGGGAAAGAAUUUUGAAAAAGAGAAAUAGGCAAGCUGAGUUACAAAAUAAGCAUGGCAAAAAUACUGAAUUCAGGCCCAAGAAACAAACUACUGUGAAUGAUAAGGCUCAGCGCAAGGAUACUGUGAAAUGCUAUAGAUGUGGCGGACCCCACUAUCAGAGCGAUUGCAACUGGUUCAAUGGGAAUUGCUUUUCGUGUGGCCAGCAGGGCCACAGGGCAAAUACAUGUCCUAAUCGCAGUGAGCAACAGGCUCGACAAACGUCUCAGCCUAUUUCGGGAGCUCCAGCAAAUCAAGUAUCUCAGAAUGAACAACAACGAGGAGGACAGCAGAGGCCUAGAACUCAGGGUCGAGUCUAUGCUCUUACACAACACGAUGCCGACGCCUCUAACACCGUGGUGAUAGGUACAAUUGAAAUCUCAUCCAUGAAUGCCUAUAUUUUGAUUGAUCCUGGAGCUACUCAUUCUUUUGUAUCUGCUGAUUUUGUUGGAAGAAAUAGUACAUUGAUUUCCUUGCCACUAGAGACUGAAUUGUGUGUCUCCAUCCCUAAUGGAGAUGUAAUCUUAGUUAACUUUGUCUGCAAAGAUUGUAUCCUGAAUAUUGAAGGCAGGGAAAUGAAAGUAGAUUUACUAGUCCUAGGGAUGAAGGAUUUCGACAUGAUCCUUGGGAUGGACUGGUUGGCAGCAUAUCAUGCCACUGUUGACUGCUUCGAGAAAACAGUAAAAUUUUAA